GUAGUACAAGGCCGAACUGGCAGACAUAUAGAAGAUGUGAAAAUGUUGGAUGCAGUCCUUACCCUCAAGGUAAGCAAUAUGAUGUAGAUCGGCUCACCUCUUCCCCUUUUUGUCCUAUACUAAAUUUUCUUUCCGUCAGCUUAUUAUCCCUUUCGAGGCCCUUUAUGGCAUCACUCUGAUGUUCGCUAAAUGGUCUAUCUUACUAUUUUAUCAGCACGUAUUCGGAGCCAACAGAUCGUCGGUUCAGUGGUUCGCACGUGUAACGGUAUGCGGCAUUGGGUUAUCUGCUUCCCCUUCUAGCCUAUCACAGGAGCGAUAAUUUUCCAACCGAGCCAACUCAAAGCACUCGCUCUCGAAAACUUCCUAACCAUCGCCACAAAGGAAGAAAUACUGAUAUUCAAUGUUGUAGACGGUCAUCGUCUUUUUAUGGAUGAUUUCGGUGGUUCUCGAGACAUUUCUUCUCUGUCGACCUCUCCCGUACAACUGGGAUACAUCUAUGGAGGGUAGUUGUGGCGAUUGAAAUACUGUAUAUGUUGUGGCCGGAGCGACAAACAUGCUGACGGACUUGAUGGUCAUGCUGAUGCCCGUGCCGAUAAUUUGGAAGCUAAACCUCCCAAUAUCUCAACGUAUCGUACUCACGGCUACAUUUAGCCUCGGUCUCUUCAUCACAGCAAUGUCUAUCAUCCGCCUUAAGUCUCUCAUGAAUAUCUCCUUUACCGACCCGACAUGGACACUGCCAUUGGAAUUACUGUGGACCGUGCUUUCUAAAAUACUCACAAAGGAAUGGACACUGAGCCCAUCGUCGUGGCGGAGCCGUAGUUACGGAAACGACAAUUUUACACGGCUUCAGGCCGACACAGGAGUACCGCUACAGACCAUUAGUGGCGGCAGCCGGAGCUGCAAACCCAAGAAAUGGCGGGACGCCGGCGGGCGAAGGCCAUCCAGAGAGAGGGUUGACUAAAGAAUCAGACGUAGGCAUUCAAGUACACACCAUGUAGUCGAUUAGCAGAGAGUAGGUUGUUCGAAGAACCUAAGCAUCGGCCGGGGAAAAUAGAUCUUAGGUUCGUUACGAAAUAUGACGAUGGUAUGUACCUAAGUUAGUACCUAAGUUAGUACCUAAGUCAGUACCUAUCUAGACUAGAGUCUAAUAGUAACUGAGCUAAACAACGAUGUAAGAUGAUUUGGAAUGUAAGAUUCUAUGUCCUAUAAGUUAUUCAAUACCGGUAAUUUGAACAGUCGCUUGGCUGUUCCGUGUUGAAAAGUAAAGGUACCUAGGUAUC